AUGUACGGUUCCCCGUCUGGAGAAGCUGUUGUGGACGAAACUGAUGACGGUGACGUCACGACAACCCGAGAUCCACUUGAUGGACACAUAUCGCCUGUGAUAUGCAAAGAUGGCAUUAUUAAUAAUCUCGAAGGACUCUUGAAUUAUAUUGCAUCUGGCUGGAAAUAUCAUGUUUCGAAUACAGAUGGUGUAAAGCAAGCUUGGUCCAAAUUCGACAAUGUUACCAACAAAAUAUGCAGCUUCAUGUCAGGUGAGCUCCUAAUACACCAAAGGACUUCAUUAGUGCUCCCUCUCCCUUUUAUGUUGAUUGCCCUUUGGGCUGGGUUUUUUCCCAGGCUCCUCUGCGUAAUGUGCUCGCCAGCACGUUUCACCCUCAUAUUUGAACAGCUUCUUCUCUAA